AUGAAUAAUCAAGUUAAAUCAGUAGUAGCUAAUUUUAUAAAAUCUGUUUAAUAGCAACAAUCUUAGUAAAAAAUAGAUGAAAUACUUGAGAAAAACUCUCCAAAUUUCUUCAAAUCCUUAAGUCAAAAUAUUGAUUAAAGUGAAGAAGCUUUUAAAGACGAGGCUAUCUCAUCUUAGCUUUUUAAUAUUUUUCAAAAUUAAUUCAUCCUUUAGAAUUAAAUAUGGGUAGGUUUUACUUUUGAUUUAAUACUGAUUGCGUAUGAUAACAAAAAAAGAGUUUUUAUGCAGCUGUUUGUAAAGAGUUUGAUUCCAAUUUUAAUGUCGAUUUAUAUAAUAAAAUACUAUGAAGAGUUUAGUAUGAAGGAAAAGAGUUAAGAUGGUUAAAAGAUAGAUAUCAAUUUGGUGGCAGGUCUUCUAAUAAAAAUUUAUAACUUUGAGAUAGAAAAUGCUAAAAAGUUAAAUCAGGCUUAAGACUUAAACUCAUUUAAAGAAUUAACUUCAUUUCAUGAAAAAUAUUAAAAAACUUUAUAAGAAACAAGUGAAUAAUAGUAACAGCUAAAAGAAAUAUAAUAUAAUGAAAUUACAGCAAUCAAUCCUCACCAACACUUAAUUCUUUGUGAAAUUCUAAUCAGAAUAUUCUGUUAAGAUUUAAAUUACUAUUUCUCUUAUGUGAUACCAACAUACUUAAGAAUGAUUUUUGUUAUAACUGGAGUGCCUCUUAGUGUAUCUGACCUGAAGCUAGAUACCUAAAUUUAGAAUUUUAAGAUAAAUCAAGCUUAAAUAUUUAUUGUUAGAAUUACACCUCCUGCUAUAUAAGACAUUAUUUCAUCUGUUUACAAUAUACUAAUCAGUCAUAAAAAUUUAAGUAAGUAAGCAAAUUAGUGCUUGGAUCUGCUUUUAUAAAAAACUAGCAACGAAUCUUAAUUCAAACUAGCAGAUAUGUGCCAAGCAGUAAUUGAACUAACAAGAGACGAAUAUGAUGAUAUAUACGAUAUCUGA